AUGGUGUCUGCGGUUGAGGAAGCGAAGGGCUUCAACAUUCCAGGUCAGUAGUUCCCCUAUGGACCAAAUUAUUUUCUCCUGGCCUAUUUAUUAGUUAAGACCUUUCAGUUUUAACUCGGUUUCUACGGCACAAUGGGAAUAUACCGUUGACGACAUCGACGAACUAAUGCCAAAAUAGAAAUUCCUAUCAUUACGAAAUAAUUUCCAGCUCUUGAAAAUGCAGCGCCUUUAAGUCGGUUGUGAAGACAAAAUUCGAACCAAUAAUUAUUUCUCCUUUCUAAGUGGGACGAGUUGCUAAAUAAUUAUUGUACGGUGUGACAACUGUAGGUACGAGCGACACUGGAUGGCAUGAAGAUAUUGGCGGAAAAGUGCCAAAACCUACAGGAUUACCCUGAUUUCCGGUUAAGUCCCUUCAAACUACCACUUCCAUAGUCGAGUUCAGCGCUCUUUAGUACGCGGUUUGGGUUUCGACCACGCAGCUGCUUAUGCAGAAUUGACUCCUGGUUGGUUAAACAGUCGGUCAAAGACUACAGUCUCCCCCGUCAAAGAGUAUAUACUUUUUGAUAGCAUUUCCAUUCCGAAUUACUGGCGAAAACUGGUCUUGCUCGUGACACCUGAGUUCCAGACGGUGGUUGCUAUUGGUGACUGUCGUACUCUGUAUUUGCCGAGGGGAAAUCCAGUCACAGCCGUGUUCAAUGCUACGCCGCCCCUUUCUCUGUACGGUCUGUGUAGACCUAACGUUGUCGAUGCGUAUUCUUGGGUCUGCUAUCAAGUGCAUUUUCUUAGUCCCGGUAUUUUGACGUAUAUCGUCUAAUCGUUACGCUCGUGACCUUCAGACUUCGUGACUUCAUACGAGUAAUUUGCAAUUUUAAAUUAUCACCUAGAAAUUUAUUUACAAACUCAUUUGUUACUGUUUUUCCUGCGUGUGAGAUGUCUAUAGAGCAUAUGGCCUCGUUGCUUUUCUCCUUUAAAGACCUACCGCUUAAGUUAUACAGGCAAAAUAACAUUUGAUUUGUCCUGGAAAUAAGCAUGCCUGUUAAGAUUGAGGGACUGGUCUCUGGAAACAGUACUUCAUUAACUUAGGCUUUUGGACAGGUCCUCGGGUUUAUCUUUCAAUGCAUGAAAGGAUAAAUAAACCAGAUCAGGUGUUGGAUUGGUGAAUCAACUCUGUCUUGGGUAAUGGUGGCGGACUGUUUCCGUUUUUCCGUAGCCGCCGAUUCUAUAACAGAGUUACACACCGUACGUUGGCCACUUAGCGCUUGGCAUGCUGGCCCGGGUGCGCCUCAGCUAUUAGAUAAUAGUCCACUGCGCACAAGGUGAUUAGGACUUAAGAAUCUAGUCGAUAAUCUUUUCGCCCUCGCUAACUGAAAGUUGCCACGAUAAAGCGAACCCAUUACGAUGAAGCUGUCACAUCAUGUGGAUGACGGGUAAAUCCGUGCAACUAAACUCUUUCGCAAUGACGUCGUUACGGACAGUCGCCGAAAACACGGACAGGAGGGGCGCCACAACAAACGGAGUAAGGACCUCCAAAAUAUUCCUGCAAAUUAGACAAAACACCGGGGAAACGUUCGCACAGGAGCGGUAGCUAUAACAAAGAACCAUGAAAAUUUGAGCAGCUAUCUUCAAUGCAGAAACCCCCCCCCAUAUACCCUCAUUGCAACUAUCCUUCCGUCUCGGUCAGCCUUGAUUGAACACUUUCGUAGCCAUCAUGUUGGGAUAACCUGCGGGACACCUAAAACAAUCGUUGACAACAGAAACUCAGUGCCAAUUUGUUGCUGUUGUGAUUUCACACUUUGGUCACGCAUUGGCGGUUUAGACAACGCUGAAUUCAUGACAGUAUGGGUGGAGCCCCGACCAACACCGCCACGCACGUCCGCCCUGUCCAGACUGCCCGCAUACUCAACCAUCGAAUGAACCUGUUAGGUCAUACGUGCAUACACGGUAGGGUUAGCCAAAAUAUCACUCAUCACUCAUACACUGUUUCCCACACUUUCAUUCACAGCAUGCACCGUCCCGACCAUAUGUAUACACAAUGUAGAAGUACCCAUCAGGUAUGUAUCAACCUUCCUGGGGGGCUUACCAACGUUGUUAAUUAUCAGUGAACCGUUACACUAGUUUGCGUCCUCGCGGAUGGCACGUACUUACAUGGUUCACCCGUGAUCAUACCCGAUCUAACCGAUCUCGCAAAUUUUACUCCUCCACGCGUGACGGUCUGCGGCAACGGAUCUGGAAAACCUGACCCAAUCUCUCCUCCAGCGACAGAAACCGAGUACAGAAGGUCCAAAGACGACUUCUACGUCGUGGUAAACUGUGUAGGAGCAGGUUUUUAGUUGACCUCUUUAGACGCCUCCGGGUCCAAAGUUACAAGUGGCACGUGGUAGGCAGAGGCUUGACGCCACACCAGCCGUCGCGCCCAAUUUUAUCAUCAGCCUGUUGACGGGCUGAGUCACGAAAAAGUAAAGAGUGAGUGAGGCCAAUCCAGGGAAUUCACUCCAUGUGCAAGGUCGGUCUACUACAAUAAAUCUGACCCGCCUGAACCAUUCACGAUCGACCAAAAUUCGUGGCAUGGAGGACUGUCAGCCGACAAGAUAACUCGCUCCUACUCAGGAGUGUGGGUCAGACUACAAUGGCUUCUUACUGAUGUUCCUCUUGUAGUAAUGUCACGGGAAGAUAUGUUACUUCGGCAUGAUGAGUUACCCGUUAGCUUAACUGCUGUCUACCCGACGCAUCCGUAGGUGGUGGAUAGUAGGACGGCCUUCAGCGGCGGUUAGCUGCGAAACAAGCAGGAACUCUGGUCUUACGAAUAAACAGCCGCGGACCAACAGCAGCAAUUCUACCGGGGCGCGGAGGGCUGAGGUCUGACACGCCGAAUGCCGUAUAAAAUACCAAAAAGCCCGAUGGGGACACUAUGAUAGGGUGAGCCGCCAUGAAAUAAGUUUGCUUUCCACCGCUGCGUUGUGGGUAGGUUCAUGAGCCAAAACGCUAGAGGAGACAACCUUAGGCAAGGAAUGCGAGCGCCUGUUGGGGAUCCGCCUGCGCUCAUAAUUCCCAAGAAACCUUAUGAAAGUAUGUCCACAUACAAUAUUACCAUACAUGCUACGGCGUCCGCGGGAACAGACGCGCUCAACAACCCUGGUCCAAUGGUGUGGGUGAAUAGUAUGCGAACCUGACUGUUCAGUCGGGAACCGACCCUGGGUACUGGAUGCCGGAAUGUGCGAACGUUUCUGGACCCUGGCACCCAAAGUCUGACGGUGCGCAGUCUUCAUCAGUACAAUGUGGAUGUCCACUGCCUGUCCGAAGUCCGGAUUCUCGACUCUGGCGCUCGGCAAAUAAAGGUUCCUGGAGUUAACUCACACUUCACCCUGUACCACUGAGGCUCACACGACUCUUGUGGUAGACGCAAUUUGGCGAUCCUCCCUUGCAACAAGCUAACCGUGCACUACCUGUUUGGGAAUCGAUCAAUGAGCGGAUGACCUAUGUGUGACUAAGGGGUCACUUUACGAACACCACUGUCGUCCCCGUGUACGCACUAGCAUCACCUACCGAGCAGCGCAAUAAAGAUAUUUUUUACUCCCCCGCCGUGACCUACUGGUUGUUGCUGGCGACUGCAAUGGCCUAACUGGAUCCGGCGACUCCUCAAGCAGUCAUCUUAUUGGUCAUUUUAGUUUUGGUUUACGAUGCGACAAUGACGAGAGACUGCUGAACUUUGCUGAUUAAAAUUGACUAUUUAUCACCAACACGUGCCUCCAGCACCACAAACACCUGCUGACUUAGCACUCAAGCAACGGUCAUACGGCCAGUCAGAUAGAUUGCAAUCCAAUCAGUUUAAGGUUCCGCAUCUGUGUUCACGAUAGCAGAUCGACGCAUGAUGUCGAAAUUGGUAGCGCUCAUGGGUCGGAGCAUGUUCUCGUUCGCACACGCUUGAAAGUUCACUUCUCAUCUGUACCCAAAACGCCGCCUGCAAGAAGCCUUGAUAUUGGCAGACUUCGACAGCCUGGCAACAUCGAGGCCCUGAACCGAGAAAUUCGGUCCUGUUUUACGACCUGAGCCGGCGGAGAAGGCAGUAGCCAGUGGUAACCGUCAAAGUCAUCGGUCUAUGGGGCAGCUGAGAAAAUUCUUGAAUACAUCCAGCGACGCCGCAAUGACUGUCAGUAGACGACGGCUGACACCAGUCUGAAGAUGCAUGACCCAUCUUGCCGUUUGUAACAUCAGACAGUUAACACUCCCCCACCCCUUCCCCUUCUGUCUUUUGGAAACUAUUUGUUUAAAGACUCCCUUAAAUUCCAUCUUUGUGAGUUGAGUAUUGUUUCAAAGGAUCCAGUAAGUUUCCCUCGAAGAGUGAUUCUGUAAAAGGUUAAGGUAUUUGGCCGAUUUAGUCAGUAUUCAGCUGAUCGUUAGAAUAUAGUCCCCGAUCUAUUUUUGGCAGUCGAUUUUGCCGAUACUCGCGAAAGGAUGAGUUCGAGGUAGUAACUGAGUGAGAUCGUGCUGGACCGCGUGUGCUGGAAUUGGAGUGCACUUCCCACGGCUACAUUUUAAUCUCUUAAGUGUUCAUUGAGUCCCUUGCGUCAUCUACUCGCUUUUGCUUAACUUUUCUUGUAGUCCUCUAUAUCAUUAAAUCUGCCCAGAAUCAACAUGGCCUUAGGCAUGGUGAUUACCAGCACUACCAACAGUAUGUCACUCGGAAGUUAAGAAGAACACGCAAGUCACUGCGCUUCCAACAGGUAUCUUUUUUUCCAAUUUCUUUACAUUUACUAGGGAACACGCUCAAAAGUUGUCCCGAAGAAGAUAACUGCGGAAAUGAUAACGGAUGCACGCUUCUUUAUACUUGCCAUUUUUGAAAUUGAACGCUCCUGGGCAUUCGCCAUGCAACUUAAGGCCGAGGCUAACUCUGAACCUCGCAAAAGAUUUCAAAUGAUUUCAAGACUCCGGAAAGCUAGUAAACGUGCCCAUUAUUUAUACGAAUUGAUGGCUGGUGUUCCUUUGUGCGAUGCUCAAACUAAGCUAGAAUUGAGCGCUUAUAUUCACUGGAUUCGAGGAAUACUUUAUUUUGAACUACAGGUAAGGAGACUUUUACUAUCAUUAUCUUAUAUUUGUUUAAAAACAGUGUGCACUUUUGCGCUAUGUAAUCCCGUAAAUUCUGUCCCCUUCGUCGAUAUGCUAUUUUACUUCCGCUGAACAGGCAUGCUGGAAAGUCAUAAACCGUAGAAAUGGAUGCAUGCUACGUUGUUCGCGGUACGCAUGACAGUCCGGAACCACGAAACCAGUGGAUGCUGGCUAGUGGGGAAAAUAAACUCGAGGGGAAUUUCCUCAUCCGGAGUGGUGGGUGCAUUGCCUGACUAGGACAUCCCUACUAGUGCGUGCAACGCAAGUGAAGCCUCCAGUAACCAGUCUGGUCCGUUGCCAGAAAUUCAGAAAGCCUGACGGGGAAAGCGUUCUCGAGGGCAGAACUAAGGUGUACCGACAAUUAGUAAAGGGCUCCUAUGAGCUGUACUCGUUCGCCUCCUUCGCACAUAAUCACUUUACUAUAGUUGUUUUUUUGUUUCACCCUAUUUAAGGUGUAUAUUGUUUUUUGACCGAUUUGAGGUUUUAUCUCCCAUGUAAUGGGGUUGAAAGUUAACAAAUCUUCACAAAGCCCGCCGCCCAAGAUAUUGAGGCGGGAUAAUGGUCAAUGAAUAACCAGGUCAUCGUGUAAUACGACUUUUAUGGAUGGGGCUAGACGGCGGAAAGAAGAGUGCGAUAGCAGGUAAAUAUCCGGACAAAUGUUGAGUUGACAUAUUGUGUCCUCACGUUACAUUUCUCUACAGCUAUUUGCAAAAGAGCGCACUUGCAGAUACUCGAUCCCCGAGUAAUGUUAAUGGUACCAAGACAUCAGGCAGUGCAAGCAAAAGUUGGACGUAGAUAACAUCCCAUUCAGUUAUGAGAGCGCGAAAGCGUCAAGUAUAAAAAAGGCGAGGACGAUGACCUAAUUUUUGUUCCUUGAGUGGGGUCGUGUACUGCGUCCUUGCCAGUACUUUUUGUGAGGACAUUCGGAGUGCUUAAGGCUAUCUGUAAGACGUUUGCAUCUUGAGAAACACUUCUCCGCUUUACUGGUUACUUGUACCUGUACAUACGUCUCUAAUCGUGUGUGAUCUAGCCAACCUCAAUGUUGUCAUGUAUAGCACCUUAACACGCAACGAUCAGCAACAAUGGCGCAUCUUGAGAGCUCAAUCCACUCUCUUCUCCGGUAACGACUGUCAAAAGCCCCAGAAAUAUCUCCAUGCCUUGGUGAACUGUGCAGAGCCAGGCUUUGGGCUGAUCUCUUCAGUGUCCCUAGUUAAGCAGCGACGUCGGAAUUCAGACAUCGGCAUAAUACUCAUGCGGCGAGUGAGAAUAAACGCGCCCAAACAACCUUAGCUGACUUUCUUCGAUGUUCUGGCAUAUUCCGCAGAUGCAGUCACGGCGAGUGCAGACUGUCUCCUUCAAGAUGAAGAUCGUGUACUUCACUCACUACCAGGCCGUGGUAGUAAGCCUUUCCCCCCUCCCCCUCCCCCAGUUGUCGUCGUCUUUCGAGCUCUCAACCCAGCACCCCUGGCCCUAAAGGCGGAUCAGUCGAGCGAAUGCCCUAAAACGCAGUUCUUGGUGGCAAUUGAGAUAUCGCGACGAGUCAAUAAACAUCCGUGAAGACUGGCAAAAAGCCUGCGAACAGUACGGACUCGGGUGUUGCUGUCGUUCAUACUCUAUCCAUUUGAUCCGCGGGUAUUUAAAACUGUCAAUUUCUUCGGGCCGACGAUCAUUAGUCAUGAGGGUUGAAUUAGUCAUGAGGAGAUACAUGCUCACAGUGUGUGACGCAGGGCUGAUAGAUAAGCCUGCUGGUUUAAUGUCAUCGUUCACUUGAAACAUUUUACCUUAUAGGCCAUCGUAGCUUGAGGCCAUCAGGGUGUCAGUUCGACCGUCGCGAGCUGUGAUGUCCAUCGCGUUCUCACUGGAGGGUUGGACGCUAGUUGAUGCAUGACCACCGUUUUUUCCCUGUUGAUGGUCAGGCUGAAGUUAGAACAACCGGAGGAAAGGAAGUGUCGUAGCUAGGACCAUGGCAAGCUCACGAGAGGGCGAUCAAGAGUUCCAUACGUGUCGUAGUUUGGAAUAUGUUCAGUCAUUUUGUCUAUUCUGGGAGAGGGGUGGGCAUCCAGAAGUGUGUAUCCGUUGAUCGUUUGGCUAUAAUCGACAACAACCCGUUUUUGUGGUUUUCAUUGGCCACCACCAAAAAUUGGGCUCGCCAAGGGGAUAAUGAGUGCUCAUUUACACCCUCAGAAGGAAGGCGACGAAUUUCUUCUCGUAAAAAUCGUUCAUCUAUAUUGGUAUGUCUACGAGACUUAGUAGCGGUAGGCUUGCAGUCCGGUGUCAAAUUAGGAAACAAAUGGGGAAGCUCGACGCGAGCAGCAGUCACAGAACAGGGCGAGAACGUAGGUUUAGGUCGACCCAAAGGGAUUUCAACACUUUGUGGAGUCGGAGAAAGUCAUAUCCAAGUAGAACAUCGACGCACAAACUCGGCAAGACCGAUAGCUUGACCUUCUCAUAUAUUGUACCUUUAUAUUUAAUGGAGACAACCAUAUGUCCCUGCGUGGCGCUGGUUAAGGCGGUGAUGGCCAUUGAUGUCUUAAUGCGAGAGUUUUGAACCUUCCACUUAUUUCGGAGCGCCACUGAAGAAGAAAUAUAACUUUCAGAACUACCUAUGUCAAUUAGGGCCUGAAAAGUAGUCCCAUUUAUUUGCAAUUCAACCACUGCACUUGAAAGACAGUCGAAAACAGCAGCUGAUGCCACGGCCGAAAUGGAGAUAUACAUAGCGGAAGAGGUUUUUCGGUUUCGUGAUGCUAGGCACACCUUUUGAAAGUGCUCUUUUUAGCGCAUCCUUUGCAUAAUGCAUCGUCCGAGGGACACAUCGAACGGCGGUGCUAGUUUUAUCCACAAAAGGGAAAUUUUCUAUGGAAUGCAGUAGAAGUCACUAGGUCAGGCUCUUUAACGGGACUCGACAAAGUUUCACAUGGCUCCGUAGCGGCAGAAAAUGAGGUCGUCGGAGGGUUCUGAUACGUUAGAGACUGUCUUUCUGUCGAAUUCGGUGAUCUUGCCUGAUCAAAGGCAGUUUGGAAGUUCGGAAUUUUCUGCUCCAAUAAACUCUGCCGAAUCUGGUUCGACGAAAGGUUACUGAUGAGCGCAUCUCUAGUGACAUCGUCGCGAUUUCGUUCUGCCGUAACGACUUUAAAAUCACAGUUCUUAACUAAGGACUUUAGCUUUCGAACAAACUGGUCGAGGGUUUUCCACCUUCCUGUCUGCAGGUUGCGGGCGAAAAUUUCGUUUUUGGGUCUCUUACCUAGUUAUCAGCGAACAGUUGGUCGUGGAUGCCAACCUUCAACACAUUCGAAGAUGCCUUCAGACGAAUUUUCCGUCGAUUCGGUAGUUGUUGCCGACCUCUGGCUGCCCCGCACGACAGUUGUCCAUCAGAAUAGCGGAGAACAGGAGACUGAAUAGGGUGGGAGCGAGGACGCAGCCCUGCUUCAUCCCUUUGAGUCGCGUCGGAAAUUGCCCUGUUGUCCGUGACGGGAACCAUCAUUCGACCGUGAAGUUAGCGCACCAUUUAUGUGAAAUGUUCCGACCAUCCACAUUUCAGCCUGAUCCUCUGGAGUUUGUCGCGAUUCACGGUGUCGAAAGCCUUUGUCGAAUCCACGAAGGUAGUGUAGAAGUUGUUCAUCAUUUUGUGGCACUUCUCCUACAUUUGGCCCGGGGUGAAGAUCAUGUCGAUGGUUCUGCGGCUUCUGCGAAAUCCACAUUGGCUUCCUGAUAGGUUCCUGUCCCAGGGGCUUGUUCAUACGGUUGAAGAGGACGGGCGCGAAGAUUUUGCCUGCGAUUUUCAGAAGGGAAAUGUCUCAGUGGUGACCAUAAAGUUAUUGGUUUCCUUUAAGCUUGUAUAUGUGAACGAUAAUUGUGAUCUUGAGGUCCUGAGGGACUUGUCGUUUUCGCCACAUUUCCUGGAAGCGUGAAGUCAGUUUGUCCCUCAGUCGAGGGCCGCCAUACUUGUAGACUUUUCAAUGGGAAUUGCUAACGGGGUGCUAUCGUUAGCAGAGUCAAGACUGGCCAGCCGGCGUUUUUGUGCAAACUGGGCACAGUCAGAACAGUGUGGGGUCCUUCGAAAACCCAGAUAGCGAUGUAUUUAAACAGUAUGGACGAGUGAAUUCAGCUUUGUUGAACGUUCGAGAAGGACUGUUGUGUACAACAACUCGCGAUUGACUGAAUACAGGUAUCUGACGGGCCUGCGUAGCCUAAGCUACUUUAAAUAAUUACUUCGAAAUCACUCUUGCUUGUCAUUUGAUGGGAGCCCAUUCCCCCAGUAGUGUCCUGUAAGUCGCGGAAAUGUCCUCUAAACGCGGGUCUUGUGCAGAGGUCAUCUGUUUUCGCAUGUCUCUUUCCAGGGAGGUUGACACGAAUGAACUGGGGCGACCACAUUAGCCAUACAGCGUAUGAUGGAGUGAUAAAUAUUGUGGUGGCGGUGACUAGGACGAUGAUGAUGAUGACUACCAUGUUUUUACACAGAUUAUCCCUCUGUUAGUAGCCGACCCCGCUCUGUAAUCAUAUACAACAGUUCUAUGGGGUCUUAUAUAACUAGACGGCUCAGAUUUUUGAAUGACCAACUGUCCUUGUCCGCAUUAGCACUUAGGAUGCAGGUCGUAAUCCCUUUACUGAUCUUAAUUUAUUUCCCUUUCAGGACUGGGUCAAGGCCAGGGAGUUGUUGGAGGCCUCACAGAACAUCUACUCUGGCCUGGCUUCCUCUGUAGACGAAGAUCUCAAAGCCGUGUACACGGGACGCAUAAAUGAGCUGCUUCCGCAAAUCCGUUACUGUGCCUAUAGCAUUGGUGACCAGUCUGCCGCUACUGAGCUGCGAGAAAUGCGCAACGUCGCCGUAGAGGGCUCUGACCUUUUGGCCGAGUACCAACUUGACGAACUUCUGAAGCAGAUGCAGGCCAUGCAGGCUGUCAGUGUGACUGAAGUCGUCUGGCUGGGAACCACCAUACCAAUCAAGCAGGAGAAGGCACGUUUAGCUGUCCUCGCCGUUCAGGUAUGGUUUUGCCCAAUUUGAAUACUUUCCAAAGACAGACUGUCGGUGUUGUAUCUCUGUAAAUGGGAUCCUUUCGUCUGAGAAUGGGGAAUUUUUUAAAUCGGUUGUAUAUCACUUCAACAUUACAGGAUUAUGCGUCCUCCCUCAUCCCCAGCCGACUUGAAACUAGCUUGCCGCGGGUAUGGAAAAGGCAAGAGAGAGAGAGAGAGAAAGGUCUACCCCGCUUUAGUUCACCGGUCAGUUUCCUUGCUAUAAAUAAUCGUCACGGCUUGCUUGUAGUCAUGGCCUGCGAGGACCCUAAUUAACAGGAUAUCACGAUCAUCCUCCGGACCGUAGGCAGGACUAUAAUAACACCUUAGUGUGGUCUUUAUGAUAGCUUUCUUCGAUAAGAGAUCUGAGACCACCUCGUAGAAGAGUAGUUCACGUACUCUUAGGGACUAGAAUAUAUAUAAUACGCGUAGACGUGGACCCAGUCUCGUCAGACCCUGCUCCAUGCUUGUCUCCCGUUGUCUUGCUUGUGUCUUGCCAUCGGGACACUGUGGAUGUGAGAUAAUUACUGCACAAGCUUUCCUCACUAAUACACAAUCUCCUUCGCAAGUCACGGCUGCGCCUUCGGGGCAAGGUGACUCUCCUCACUUAUGACAAUCGAACGAUUUUUAAAUUAUCGUCUCACUUUGACUUUAGGGAACGAAUACUGCCUCUUCCAAGAUGGUAGUUUCGCUCUCGCGCCUUAUUGCAGUCAAGGAAUAAAGGCUUUUUCGUGUCUAAAACUAGUCAGGAUUCGUUCACCAUCAGGGUGGAACAACAUUGAAGGCUGUUUGUACGUUGAGCUCGAAAGUCGUAGUCCUCGUGUUUAAUAGUCAGCGGUCCACGCUAAAACUUUCGAAAAUUUUUGUACUCAGCGCGAUUUGCAUAAAAAUAGACAUUGGCCUACACAGCUGUCCCCUUGCAUUGUUCAAGGAAGCUGACAAGGAACUGAAGAAGGUCGGUUCCAGCCACACAAAAGCUACUUUGUGUGAAUCUACAUUGAAGACUCUGGUGGAGGCAAUUACAAGUCUACGCGACGAGAUUCGGUCAGUGUCGUCCGUGGACACCGCGUCAGCCAUGGCUCCAAAGUCACUCCAGCAGAAUCGGGGACUAGAUAAGGUUCGUAUCUCUGUGUUUUUGUUGUGUUAACUGCCCUCUACUUCUUUCUAAGAGGGAAACCUGUGCCCCCGAAAUGGCCACACGAUUGGUGCGCUGAAACAACACGGGGGCUAGACCAGAGUCCACCAUGUGUUAUCUGGAAUGCUCACUAAUAACAAAUGCCAGCGUUGGGGUGUGGGGGCACGCCAAUUUACCGGUUCACGUCCCACCAGUUGGGACCCGUGCCCCCUCCCCCCACUUUUUGGUGUGGUAUAACAUCCUUGUUAGUGUACGUUGUGGACAAUGGGAGUGUAGUGGUACACUUACGCGCGAGUUCUCGCCGUCUCAGCCACCUGCGCCCUCUACCGCCCCGGUCUUCUUAGUCAUGACACCGGGUCCAGGUGGGGGAGGAGGGGGUUGUGCGGUAGAUGCUGCGCAAGUCUACCAUCACUAUGAACUAAUCCACGCGCAAGUCACCGUCCCUGCUCUCACCCUGUUGUUUAGCACAUGAUGGACAUCGUCGGUCACGAUGGUUGAACUGUCGUAAUGGAAGCAAGAAGUACUAGUGAACUUACUAUUGCCUAUAUUUUACAUAAGCUUAAGGCUAGUGUACAGCCUACGAGUGACACUGCCGGCAUUUGACUAACAUCUGCCGUCCAUGCGUACAUUUUCAUGUUACAUGCGUCUGCUGAUGCCACUGGCAGUUAAAUCUUAAGAAGCAAUAAUCAAUUCAACGUUACUUGCUUACCUUCGUCGUGUACUUCUUGAUUGUAAAGAUGUUUGACACGUGGCUGAGCCCACAGAUUUUUUGAUUUAAAGGCUUCUCUAGCCUCCUUUCCUCUGCACAUUUCGAUCGUUUUCGCAAACGCACCGAUCUGAUUUACAUGCUCAUUUUUCUCUUUCAACCGUAAUUUGCCCCCACCGAGUAUCAUCGAACACACUUAAAUCUCAUCUCCACACUUUCACCUCUCAUACGAAGUUUUCUGCUCCUUUUUAUCUUAUUACCACUUGCGACCUGCCUGCGUGACGGUUUCUGACUGUUGUGUACACGCUUUCUCACUUGUUAGCUGCCGCGACUCCAGCGUCUGUACACGUAUCUGCAGUAUCUAAAACUCAGCAAAACAAUCUGGCGAACACUGUAUCAGUUGGAGGUUCUGAUGUCCGCCGUAACGCCCGAGAAUCGGCACGUCUCACUCGGUCUCGUGACCAGCGGCUAUCAUAAACCACACGAACUGGCGCGUCUCUACGACACCGUGGUGCAGAACCUGCAAGAGGUCAGCUCGCUCCCUGGAAGCAUUCAAGAGAAUCACGACGUUAAGGCUCUACUCAAGGCUAAAACCACUGCAUACAAGAGCCUACGGUGAGCACCUUUCAUGCCCUGUGAAGCCCAUCCCUCCAGACCUAAAAAUACCUAAAACCUUAUGCUUACGUCCCGGUGUGCCCUACAUUGUCAAAUAUUUAUGAGCCUAAGCAGUCGUACGAGAGGUUGCUACACACUUGCGCGGUCAGAACCAGGGCACAAUUACUCUAAAAUGUUGACACAUUUUUCCCAAAUCACUUUAACUCGGCACUAUCAACUGGUUACCCUAUCUACUGUCAUGCACUACGUAUGUCUGGAGGUCGUCAGUCGCAAAGAGGUUUGUGCACCCAGCUCGAACUCGUAUAGAGGGAAUGACAACACCCGAAUUCCAAACUUCGCCCUUGCUUAUAAUCGUCGGUAGCUCCGUCUGUCUACUAAUUUGAAUACGUAGUUCAGUGUAGUGUCAUGCCUCUUCAAAGCCACCGCUUGAAAAAAUCGUUACCCUAUUCGUCAGCUCUGUCGAACGUCUUAGGUGCAUCAGCACCACAUUAUCGCACUUGGCUGCCGGUAAAAAUACGCACUGUGAUCAAUACUUAUCAUCACUUCGUCGCUUCGAGAGUUGGUGUCCGCAACAAUCGUCAACUGUUCGAUAAGGUUGCAUUCACACACCCACCCUAUCAAAAUACGUCAGUAACUGGAUUUUCGAAGGACCCCACACUAUCCUGACUGUGUCGAGUUUGCACUGAGAUGCUAGCUGAUCGAUCUUGACUCUGAUAACAAUAGUAAUCUGCCAACAUCUAACCAUGGGAACCUACAACGUUUCCCUUGAACAAUGACACUAAACCAGCAGGCUUAUCUAUCAGCCCUGCGUCGCACACUGUGAGCAUGUAUCUCCUCAUGACUAAUGCAACCCUCAUGACUAAUGAUCGUCGGCCCGAAGAAAUUGACAGUUUUAAAUACCCCCGGAUCAAAUGGACAGAGUAUGAACGACAGCAACACCCGAGUCCGUAUUGUUCGCGGGCUUUUUGCCAGUCUUCACGGAUGUUUAUUGACUCGUCGCGAUAUCUCAAUUGCCACCAAGAACUGCGUUUUAGGGCAUUCGCUCGACUGAUCCGCCUUUAGGGCCAGGGGUGCUGGGUUGAGAGCUCGAAAGACGACGACAACUGGGGGAGGGGGAGGGGGGAAAGGCUUACUACCACGGCCUGGUAGUGAGUGAAGUACACGAUCUUCAUCUUGAAGGAGACAGUCUGCACUCGCCGUGACUGCAUCUGCGGAAUAUGCCAGAACAUCGAAGAAAGUCAGCUAAGGUUGUUUGGGCGCGUUUAUUCUCACUCGCCGCAUGAGUGUUAUGCCGAUGUCUGAAUUCCGACGUCGCUGCUUAACUAGGGACACUGAAGAGAUCAGCCCAAAGCCUGGCUCUGCACAGUUCACCAAGGCAUGGAGAUAUUUCUGGGGCUUUUGACAGUCGUUACCGGAGAAGAGAGUGGAUUGAGCUCUCAAGAUGCGCCAUUGUUGCUGAUUGUUGCAUGUGAAGGUGUUAUCCAUGAGAACAUUGAGGUUGGCUAGAUCAGACAUGAUCAGAGACAUAUUUUUGUAGCUAGGACCAUAGCAAGCACACGAGAUGGAGAGGAAGAGCAAAUACGAAUACAAGAGUCAGAACGACAAUACCCUAUAACAGGGCUUUAUUCGCCUUACAAUUGACGUACUGGAUCUAAAACGAGAAAUAGAAAAGAGGUAGAUAAGAUGGCAUUUAGCCAGGGGCCUAUGCUAGCAUGGCACAUGUGUAGGUACAAGUAACCAGUAAAGCGGAGAAGUGUUUCCCAAGUAGCAAACGUUUUACAGGUAACCUUAAGCACUUCGAAUUUUUAUCACAAGAAGUACUUUUCCGAACGUCCCGAAAAAUGAGCUGCGUUACAAGUGCCCUGUACCGUUGCAGGCAAUCCCCACAGUAGUGAAACGCAGCUGUAUGAAACCUAGACAGUUGUAGAAUUCCUCGCUAUUGAGAUGUUUCGCUAUACUUGGGUUUUUAGGGAGGCUGCGCUCAAUAGUUAUGGAAUCGGUAGUUACUUUAUCUGCGUUCUUACUUAUUCAGGAAUGAGAACUUAGGUAGUUGGAGCUCAUCCUAUGUGGUGCGUGAAUACCUUUGCUGUCUCCAAUCAAAGCGUUUAUCUGUUAGGGAACUUCGAGGACAGUUCCUGGGACCGUCUUAAGCAUAUAUCUACUGCAUGAGAGGGCGUUUACAUUAGCACAUUGUAUCGUGUCGAAUUUUACCUAAUUACACAGAUGUAUUUUGGUCCCCACAGUUCACUUUUUAGAAGGCAGGAUAACGAGUGGGUAUAGAUAAGGUGAGAAAACCGCUGAAGCGCUGUCGUCUUUAAAACACCAUCUUGCCUGACAUGUUCUAGGUGGGGCUCGUGAGGUUGCAGGCUUUUGAAACUAGUAAUUUUUAUAAGCACUACUUAUAAAUACAGAGCUACUUUUGCCAGUAAACUGAAUGGUAACCACAAAAUCGCAUCCAUUUUGACCUCCAGACUGGUAAAAAAAACAUCCUGUUUGAGGUCACCCUAACGAUCACCACCACCAGACCAUAACCUAGUUAGCAUGACAAGUUGGUGGAACCCGGAAGUAGUGGUUUAUUCUAUACAGAAUACUCAGUCGUCUCAGGGAGUGUUAAGUCGUGGCUGGGAAAGAAAUGGUAUGCUUUUCUGUUUGUGCUAGUAAGUUCAGUGGCUUUGUGUCCUUGUCCGCGUGCAUGUAUGCAUGUGUUAGAUAUUUGUAGCAAGCAGUCUGGACAUGUGUGCAUCGUAUUCGGCCAUGCAAUCGCUCUGGCCAUAGGGUCAACGCAUCUGGGAGCGUUCAUUAGGAAGGACAUGACUUUGACACGGUAGGACUUCAUACCAAGAUAUUUUGUGCGGUCUUGGUAGUCGGCUUUGUUUGCUGGUUUUACUGAAAGCAAUCUUUUUCGUCAGGAAAGUUGAACAAGCAUACUGCCGAAGAUUGUUUUUCGCGCCGUUGUUACACCGGCUUCCCAAAAAACCGUGUUGCAUACCUGACCCUUGUUAAAGAGAUACCUCUCAAUGUUCUGUAUGAUUUUGACGGACUUUUGUAAAAAAAAACUUUGCUUAUCCGAGAGUCAGUAUAAUGUAAUCUUUGCCUUUGGGCCAGUCCUGUUGGCGGUUCCAUCUCCACCGUCUCGUCGGCCGAUCAAUUCCCUUAAACGUCUAUGAAUGCUGAUAAUCAACUAGCAGCCUCAAAUACUGUAAUACCAGAAUAAACUCAGCUGGUUGGAGCAUGCCAACCGCAGGCCACGCCUUCCUCAUUAUCCUCCUUUCCCUCCCAUCACUCUGCACUCCCAGCUGUUACUACCUGGCACUGGCAUACCUUCAGGGCAAGAAUUUCCUCGAGAGUUCUUCCUUGCUCACUCGUUGCCAGGUCCAAGCCAACCAGGCAAUCAAAGACAUGGCUGUGCUCGAUGAUAUCUCUGAGGAGACCGAAGCCGAGGCAGCGCCUGGACACCCGCGCUCUGUGCUUCGCCAGCUGAUGCGUGACCUUGUAGUGCAGGCCGAUGCAGAGAUCCUUGUCUGCAAGGCGGGUUACAUGCUUGAUCUGGCUGGCUGUGGAACUGCCGGUGACGCCGAGAGUAACGAACUUGCCGCGUCAGAAUCUGCUCUCAAGGAGGUAUGUUAUUUACCUGUUUCCCCAGCACCUCCUAUCUCUGGGUGUGUAACCCUAGCGAGGGACGUUGAAUUCAACUUUUCCUCUGUCGGCUUCUAGGUGCCGCUAAUUCUCGAAUGCGCACUUUAUGACCUUAAACAUUUGAGGGACUAAAACAAUCACUUGUUAGAAUCAUUCCGCCCAAUGCCAUAUCUGGGCUUGUGAUGGACUGCGACGCCCUGUCCUGAUGAGACCGAUACUGGGGCAUCAUCGGCGGGCAGCCACUUACCCCUACCCACCUAUAAACCUUUUCUGUCUGGGAACCCAGGUUUUGCGUUAACUAUUCCUCUUUCCAAGGGGUUACUCUGCGACUUCAAUCUGUGAAUUUCCGCAGUAAGAGAGCACUGUUCUUUAUUCAGACUGACCGAGAUAUUUCUCAAUAUCAAGGAAGAUGGACAAAAACUCGGUAGAUUUUCUUCAGUAAAACCUUUUCACGGAUACCCAACAUUUACUAUUCGAACAUUAGGGAACUGAAAAGCCAACACCUAUACCAUUUUGGCUUGAACUUUCCACUGAAAUUAACUAAGGCUUAUUGCAAUUAUUAUCAUUCAUUUUUGACUUCAAAACCUUAUGCCUAUUUGGAGUCAAGGCCUGAACUAAGCAGCCAGCUACAGCGUCGCAAUUUUCUUUUGAAAAUAAGACUUGCUUCAUAUUUUAUUUUACCCGUUGAGGUGAGGUUGGUGGGGGAGGUAAUGUUUCGGUGUAAUCAUCUCUGUGUUUGCAUCUCAUUUCUUCUUGGACUAAGUGAGCUUUUAUAAAUGUUUACUGUCACAUCUCUCUACCAGCCCCUGAUCAAGGCACUUGACGAGUACCUCCCGGAGAAGGCAAUGCUGCAUAAGCUGGCCACUUCCCAGUCUCCGCUAGUUCCCUUCCCGCCUGAAUUUGAGGCCGUUCCCGUGAAACCUGUCUUUUUCGACCUCGCCUUCAACCACAUCACCUUUCCACCCAGACCGAAAGUUACGGAAUCCUCCUCUGGCAUUACAGGAUUUGUGCGGGGCCUUCUCUGGGGCGCGGGCUCGCAAUCAAAGGCCUAG